ACACCAGAGCACGAGAGAAGAGCCAUGAUGAUGAUGAAGACCAAGCCGACACAACGUGGUGCAAGACCACGGUCGAGUCUCUCAAAGCCAAUCAAGAUCAGUCGGUAGUCGGUUCCUAGAAUCAUGUUCGAAGGUAGUGUAACUGUGCUUGUGCUUACUCGCGAUAAUAUUAUGAAUUUACACGCGAGUUUCAGUUUUUUAACGUGAAAUGGUGAAUAAAAUAAUUUAAAAUGGUUUUCUAGUUCGCGAUUAAGUUAUUGUUAAUUUUUUUAUAUUAUUCUAUCAUUUUCAUCAUACGAGCUUCAACAUGGUCAAAAGUGCGACUACAAAUGAGAAAUUGCCUCUAAUUAGCCGAUCCGAAAUCAACGAUAAUAUUCCUCUCACUGAGAAAAAAUUUUACGGAAAUGGCAUAGAAGUGAUCAAGAACAGAGGCGCUUCAGUGAUAUGGAAAAAUUUAAGAGUUACCGCCGAUAUCAAAAAACAACACACGUUUCGAAAUGCCACUCAUAUUUACAAAGAAAUCAUACAUAAUGUGAGCGGAUUUGUGAAACCGAGCAGCUUGGUCGCUAUUUUGGGAGCGAGUGGUUCGGGUAAAAGCACCUUGAUGUCAGUGCUGGCAAAUAGACAACCAGUGAAUUUAAAAGUAGACGGAGACGUGCGAGUAAACGGUAGAAAAAUACAGCUCAAAUUAAUGAGACAAAUUUCCGGAUUCGUUUAUCAAGAUGAUUUAUUUAUUCCUACAUUAACCGUUUUGGAACAUUUACAUUUGGCUGCACAAUUAAAAUUAGAUAAGAAAAUUAGCGCCGAAUAUCGCAGAAAGUUGGUAAACGAGUUGUUAUCAGAUGUAGGUUUGACGAAAUGUACCAACAGCUUUAUAGGAAGCACAAGUUUCGGUAGAGGGAAAGUCAACUUGUCAGGAGGUGAACAAAAAAGGUUAUCUGUAGCCACCGAGUUAUUAACCGACCCUCUUUUGUUAUUUUGCGAUGAACCAACUACAGGUUUAGAUUCCUUUACAGCGUUAAAGCUGGUAACAGUGAUGAGAAAUAUGACUAGUCAAAGAGGUAAAACGAUUAUUUGCUCGAUUCAUCAACCCAGUCCGAGAAUAUUCGAAUUAUUCCACCAAAUUAUCUUGUUGUAUAAUGGCAAAAUCGCAUUCAGCGGUACCACCAAAGACGCUUUGGAAUUUUUUCAAAGCAUCGGUUAUCCUUAUAAAGAAGAACAAAACCCCGCCGAUUAUUUAGUUAAAAGUUUAGCCAUAGUUCCUGGACAAGAGUUAGAAACCGCUAACAAAGCGUCCAACAUUUGUUCAGAAUUUGAAAAAAGUCAAUACGCCACAGAAAUGUAUGAUCGAAUUGAAGAAGAAAGUCGUAAAAAGGCUCAAGAUUUUAGUGUUCCUGAAAAAAUAGAACGUAUAUCAUGGUUUCAUAUGCUCUAUUUAAUGAUAUACCGCGACGUUCUCGGCACCAUCAGAGAUCCUUCGAUACAAAAUAUGAGAAUAAUCAACAAAAUGAUAUUGGCCACAAUUUUGGGCGUUUGCAUGAUGGGAACCACUACCAUGACUCAAGAAGGUAUUCAGUCGUUGAAAGGAGCAUUAUUUACAAUGGUAGCUGAAAAUUUCUUCCCUCCGUUAUACGGUGUCAUCGAUCAUUUUCCAAAUAAAAUGCCCGUAUUUGUCAGAGAGUAUACGAAUAAUAUAAACACACCGUUAAUUUUCUACUUAUCGAGUGUCAUUUCUUUGACUCCUGGGUACAUGUUGGAUCCAUUUUUCUUCGCUGUCAUAAUGUACGUGUUGAUAGGAUUACGAAGCAGUUGGUACGCUUUCAUAUGGACCAUUAUCAUCAACGCAUUGGUAAUCAAUACCUCAGCUGCAUUCGGAAUGCUACUCUCGCUCUCAACCGGUAGCGUCAGUAUGGCUAGAAUCGUAGCAACUCCUAUCGACUCUAUAUACAUGAUACUCGCUGGAAUAUUCAUAAAUCUCAGAUCGAUCCCUUGGAUACUCUCUUGGAUACGGUAUAUCUCUUGGAUGACGUUUUCCACCGAAGCUCUACUCAUAUUGCAACUCGAUAAAGUUGACGAGAUAGCCUGUUCCGAGUUGGCGAACGUUCCUUGUUUGAGGAAUGGCGAAGAAGCAUUAAAGUCGCUAGAUUUCGACGCCAGCCACUUCAACACCGAUAUAGUGAUGAUUUGUGUUCUUUAUCUUGUAAUACACGUUCUCAGCUACCUCUCGAUGAGAAUCAAAUUAUAUUUCAGAACGAAAAUCAAUCGGUAAUGCCUGCCUAUAAUGUUCUCGUUUAUUAAUUGCAUUUUUUUCUGUUAUCGAUAAAGUAUUAGGUAUAAUUUUUUACAUCUUUAUCGAGAAAUUCGAGAAACCAUUUCGACUCAUGUUCUCCAUACCUAAUUAUUAAAAUUGAAUCGAUUUUUAAUACUUUUGUUUUUUUUUUCUAUACUGUGUUUGUGUAUUAUGUACUUAUUUUGUUACUAAAUUUUCAUUUUUUUUUUUACUACGUGCCAUUAUUAUUGAUUUUUGUUUCUUCUUCUUUCUCUUUAAAUAGGUAGGUAAGGUAGGUACUUACAUCGAUGUUGUAUAUGUUAAUUGGAAAUUUGUAAUGUUGUACAUCUCGUCGUGUUUUUAGAUUAUCUGAGUAUUUUUGAGCAUGCGAAAUUUAUUCGAUUACGGAUGAUUUUAAUUAAUUUUUUCCAUUGGAAUGUUGUUGUUUUUUUGUUAUUCUUGUAUGUACGUCGUGUAUUUCGUCGAUUUGAAUUUAGAAGUAUUUUUAUUGAAAUACAUACAUCUGCAUAAAUAUAUGUACGAUAACUUAUUUAUGAUGUGAUAAUUAGCGUGUGGUUUGAAAAUACAAGCUAUUUUUAUAUUUGAA